ACACUCGUUCUCAAAACGAAGUGUGGUCAAACCCAUCGAGUCCCCUUCAUUGGAACCACGGGCGACAACCCUCCAAACCUACCUCCCCAGGACCCUCGUCCUUCUAGGUCCCACCCAGACAUCUUCUUCACUUCUCCCCGUCAGUUUGCUCACUUCAUCCGACAGGAGGACGUCACGCUCUACUCAGUGAACGUCAUGGAUCUUCUUCGCUACGAUCCACUCUGUCCCGAGGUUGAGCUCAUCUCACUGGAGCCCGAUCCCCCUGACCCUUCCUCCAUCUUCGCGGCUCCCAUCUCUACAUCCACCCCACAGCCUGCGGAUACCCCCUCGACAUCCCAGGUUCCUACGCCGUCCACUGCCGAGUCCACCCAUACGUCUCGUGCCGACGCAGACGUUGAGGAACUCAUGCGGUUCACGGCUGACUUAGAGUCCGUCGUUCGCGACCUGAUUCGGGAGUACCGCGACGUCUUCCCCCCGUAUUUCUCAUACAGCGGGAUUCCCCCGAUGCGCGGUGUCGAGCAUUCCAUCCAGCUUGUGCCUGACUAUCGUGUUCACCAUCAGGCACCAUACCGACUCUUGAUUCCAGAGGCGACGGAACUCAAACGUCAACUUGAGGAGCUCCUUCGACUUGGUUUCAUUAAACCUAGUAACUCCCCUUGGGGUGCACCUGUCCUCUUUGCUCGCAAAGCGGACGGAACUCUCCGCCUCUGCAUCGAUUAUCGCRGCCUUAACCGUUACACGGUUAAGAACAGCUAUCCCAUGCCCUGCGCGGAUGAGCUGUUUGACCGUCUGGCAGRCAACCGCUUCUUCACGAAGAUCRAUYUUCGUAGCGGUUACCACCAGAUCCGCGUUGCCGCAGAGGACCAGCCGAAGACCGCCUUUCGGUCGCGCUUCGGCCACUACGAGUUCACGGUGAUGCCAUUCGGCCUCACGAAUGCACCCGCCACCUUCCAGACGGCGAUGAACGACAUCUUCAGGGACAUCCUUGAAGAAUACGUUCUCGUAUACCUGGACGAYAUCCUGGUCUACAGUCGUACCUUAGAAGACCAUAUCAGACACCUCCACGAUGUCCUACAGCGCUUACGCAAGCAUGGCUUCUAUGCCAAGCUCAGUACGUGCCGCUUUGCCCAGCGCAAAGUGGACUUCCUAGGACACCAUGUGUCUGACCAGGGUCUCCACAUGGACGGCGCGAAGAUCACUACUAUUGCAGAGUGGCCCGUCCCCACAUCUGCCAAGCAGCUUCGCAGCUUUCUAGGCCUCACCAGCUACUAUAAUUCACCUUACCCCCAUGUUCCUCCUUUUCCCCCCGCUCCUGCUGACACUGCUUCUCGACUGACGCCUAUCCUACCACCACUUCCCUCCACUGACAGUCCUCCCAUUACUUACUCCCCGACCAUCGCGGAGGAUGGGACGGUCGAGGCUCAUGCUGGGGAUUGCCCGAUCGCUUUCUACUCCCGUCAGCUACUACCUGCCGAGAUAAACUACACUGCCGAUGAAUGUGAGGUUCACGCAGUAGUUUAUGCUACCCGGCAUUGGCGUCAUUAUCUGCACGGGGCGCCCUUCACGGUGCGCAUGGACAACUCAGUUGUCCAGGCUUUCCUCACGAAGCCUAAGCUUUCCUCUCGACAGGCACGAUGGUGGCGUGACUUAUCCGAGUUCAGUUUCACCACUCAGCCCAUCAAGGGUGAAACGAACCGCGUCGCCAAUGCCUUGUCCCGCCGUCCUAAUCACAAUCAGGAACCCAUCCAUCUUGCUACCAUCUCCAUCACCAGUGUUGAUCAGUCGGUGAUCGACGCGUAUCGCACUCAGUACCGCCACUGCCCCGAUUAUCGCGUCAUCCACGCGACACUGCGGAGUGGCAAGACCGUUCCUUCCUACUCCCUCGGGGAGAACGGCCUCGUGUACUGGCAUGGCAGAUCUGGUCAGCUAGAACCACGUAUCUGCGUUCCCUCCACCGGAAAGCUCCGCGUCCAGGCUGUAGCAGAGUUCCAUGACCAGACAGUUGUCGGUCAUAUGGGUUUCCACAAGACGUUGGCUCGUGUUUGCCGCCUAUACGUCUGGCCGAAGUCCAAGGACUUUGUCAAAGCCUACAUCCAGGAGUGUCCUACCUGCCAGGAGGUGAACAGUGCGAACCACCUUCCGUAUGGGUUACUUCAGCCCCUACCCAUACCUGAAGACACUCGUUGCCCUGCGCUUGACGACUGGAUCGCCCAUAUGGCGGCGAUUAUAAAGCGCGCACACGAGAGUUUAGCCGACUCCCAGACUCGCAUGGCCGCACGAGUGAACCGAUCACGAAUGGAUCAUCCAUUCAAAGUCGGUGACGAUGUGCUCGUCGACGCAUGCCACUUACAGCUCGAAGCAGAUAUGCUUCGCAAGUUCAGGCGUCGUUUCUUCGGUCCAUGCCGCAUCCUUCAGGCCGUCGGCUCUGAUACUGCCGCUAGUCCGGUCAGCUUCCGUGUGAAGCUACCUGAUUACCUUCGACAGGCUCGCGUACACGAUGUUUACCACGUCCCCUUGCUGCGUCCUUAUCGCAGACCGUCCGAGCGCUUCGCCGGACGCCCUUAUGAGCGCCCUCCACCUAUCAUGGUGGACGGUCACAAGGAGUUCGUUGUUUCCGACAUCGUAUCACACCGAGUUACCGACGAUACCCCUCCACGCAUCGAGUACCUUGUGUGUUGGAAGGGCUACCCUGAUGAGGAGGCUACUUGGGAACCCCUCGAGCACUUGCAGCGCGCCAGGAUGUUGGUGCGUGCAUAUGAUCGUGCUCGUCGUGCUGGGACAUCUGCUUCUAAUCAGCCGACUGACCCUCUUCCUCCUCCGGUUGAGGAGAUCGCUGAGGAUGAGCCCGCUCCCUCUGAGGCCGUUCCUCAGCCGCAGAUGGUCGCCUCCGAGCRUCCACAGCGCACUCAUCGUCGCCCUUCACGUUACGAUGACUGACACUCUUAUYCUCCAUCUUUCCCCACUGACUCACACCAUCAGGUACUCCAUCAUCAGCUCUUCUUCAGGAUGUCAGCGUUUUGCGGCUCUGCUUCGACAUC